CGCGGCCGAGGAAAAACCCGGAUGCGCUGGACAGCAGUGUUGGCAGUCGCGGCUCCGAGAUUUGGGCACUUUUGGGGGUGCCGGUGGCCCGGGCCAAUGGCGCAAGGUUGGGCAGGCUUCUCUGAAGAGGAACUGAGGAGACUAAAGCAGACUAAAGAUCCAUUUGAACCACAGCGACGUCUCCCCGCGAAGAAAAGUCGACAACAACUUCAGCGAGAAAAAGCCCUUAUAGAGCAAAGCCAAAAACUUGGACUUCAAGAUGGAUCAACCUCAUUACCUCCAGAGCAGCUGCUUUCAGCACCAAAACAGAGAGUUAACGUUCAAAAACCACCUUUUUCUUCCCCUUCUCUUCCGAGUCAUUUCCCUCUCACCUCUCCUGUUGGUGAUGGACAACCACAGGGCCUUGAAAGUCAGCCAAAGGAACUGGGACUUGAGAAUUCCCAUGAUGGUCACAACAAUAUUGAGAUUCUACCUCCAAAGCCAGACUGCAAACUGGAGAAAAAGAAAGUGGAAUUGCAAGAAAAAUCUCGUUGGGAAGUCCUCCAACAAGAACAACGGCUAAUGGAAGAGAAAAAUAAACGUAAAAAAGCUCUUUUGGCUAAAGCUAUUGCAGAAAGAUCCAAAAGAACUCAGGCAGAAACCAUGAAACUAAAGCGGAUCCAGAAGGAGUUGCAGGCUUUAGAUGACAUGGUGUCAGCUGACAUUGGAAUUCUCAGGAACCGAAUUGAUCAGGCCAGCUUAGACUAUUCAUAUGCUCGGAAGCGGUUUGACAGGGCUGAAGCAGAGUAUAUUGCAGCAAAGCUAGAUCUGCAGCGCAAGACUGAGAUAAAAGAGCAACUCACUGAACACCUUUGUACAAUCAUACAGCAAAAUGAGCUCCGAAAGGCCAAGAAGUUGGAGGAGUUGAUGCAACAACUAGAUGUACAAGCUGAUGAAGAGACUCUGGAGCUUGAGGUGGAGGUAGAGAGAUUGCUACAUGAACAAGAAGUAGAAGCAAGGAAACCAGUGGUUCAUUUAGAGAGGCCGUUUCAGCCUGCUGAGGAGAGUGUGACUUUCGAAUUUGCAAAAGAGAACAAAAAGUGUCAAGAACAAGCUGUUUCCCCAAAGGUAGAUGAACAGUGUGGAAAUUCCAAUAGCAUCCCCUUUCAUAGUCCAAACUGCCCAAAUCAAGAAGGUAAUGACAUUUCAGCUGCUUUGGCCACAUGAAGUUCUGGUAUUCUUUUGAACUAAUAUGGUAUUCAGUAAAGUAUACUUUUUGCAGUAGAUUAUGCCCUCACCUCCAAUAAAAACCUCUUUAAAACAAUGCUGAUUUUUGAAUUCAUGAUUAGUUUUAGUAAAUUAAUAUGUUUGGCCAUUCUAAAAUCCAAAAUUAUGAUAAGUUUAUUUCUGGGGGUAUAUUUCACCUUGAUUUUGGCCCAGUUCUUUCAGUGUUCCAUUACCUUUUUUACUGAAUUAAAGUUAAGUGACUUAAAAGGAUGGAAGAAAAACUACAUGGUUGGAGUGUUUUUAGACCAGAUAAAUAUAGAAAAGUAGAAUGGAAAAUGAUACUCAAUACCUAGUUGAACGCAUUUCACUUCUCCUGGGAGAUGUAUUAAGACUGGAAGUCCUAUUUUAUUUAAUCAGUAAAAAGACAAAAAUUACAGUAUGAAAAAGAGAAAGACAGGAAUCGAAGAAAAAAGUUGCAGGUUGAAUUAUCUAUCUGGAUAUUACUAGAGUUGUAAAACUUGGAAAUUGGAAUUUAUGUGAAGAACCAGACAACUGAAGCCAGGAUCACUUUUGUCUUCAAUUUACCUUCAAAUGGUUUUAGUUUACAACCUGCGUUUUGUUAUUUGACACACACACACGUAUAUAUAAACAUACAUGUAAUUUUACUAUUAUAUUGUCUUUCCUUUAAUCGAUGAAUUGAUUAAAUUUAGACAAAACAUUUCUAAAGUGAGGCUGAAAAUAAUAUAGAAAAUCUCAUUGCUACUUGUGAUGAUCAAAAAAGGAUGUAUUUUCUUUCUAAAGUUAUCUAUAAAUAUGUGUUUGAUAUGUUGGACAUGAAUUACCCUGUCAUGAAGCAUUUAAAAGCUGAUUUUCUUGUUAGUUUGUUAAUUACCUGUUACUAGUAUUUGACCAAUACAUUGUGCUGUAUGUAAAUGUGUAAAUAAAUAUUGUAAUUUUCUCACAAA